GCUCCGCCCCCCUUCCCAGAGAGAUUCCACAGCGACCGUUACACAGAGAGAGAGAGAGAGAGAGAGAGAGAGAGAGAGAGAGUGAGAGAGACAGAGACAGAGAGGGUGGGUGGGUGUGUACUGUAGCGGUCACUCCCCCUCCCUCAGUGCGGGUUGGAGAGCUGUUCUCUCGGCAGUCCCUCGGCGGAGGUCCGGGGCUGUAGCGGUUAGCGGUGGUGGUGAUGGCGGCGGAUCGCGGCGCGCUGCGGGCCAUGGCGCUGCUAAGUCCGGCCUGCGGGGGAGCGGCGCCAGCGGGAUCAGGAGUAGGAGCGACCGUAAGCGGCGUGAUGAGCACGAGCUCCACGGCGGUGGGUCUCGGCCUCGUUCCUGUGCCCAUGAACCUGUUCGCCACAUGGGAGAUUGACCGGUCCUCGCCGAGCUGCGUGCCGAGGUUGUGCAGUCUGACCCUGAAGAGGUUGAUUGUUCUGAGGGAGCUGGAUAAAGAACUGAACUCUGUCGUCAUCGCUGUUAAAAUACAGGGCUCCAAACGUGUGCUGAGAUCGAAUGAGUACAUGCUUCCUCCCAGCGGUCUCAUGGAAACAGAUCUAGAGCUCACCUUCUCUCUGCAGUACCCUCACUUUCUAAAGAGAGACGCUAACCGGCUUCAGAUCAUGCUUCAGAGACGGAAACGCUACAAAAACCGGACCAUUCUUGGCUACAAAACACUCGCUCUGGGAGUUAUUAACAUGGCUGAGGUGAUGCAGUACCCCACAGAUGGAGGUCAGAUCCUGGGUCUCCAUAGUAACAUGAAGGACGUUCAAGCACGUGUGGCGGAGAUCAGUGUGUUCUCUCUUUCCAGCCAGCCAAUUGACCACGAGGACGGCGGUCAGGGCAGACACAAGAACAAAAACAAUGAUCGGUCCCCUGAUAUGGAUAAUUAUUCGGAGGAGGAUGACGACAGCUACUCUUCAGAGCAGGAGGCCAGUGAUGACGCAGUGCACGGACAGGAUCUCUACGAUGAUGACGAUGACGUCCGGAAGCCAAAGAAAUCUCGACGGAAGAUGAUCCGAACCACCUCCAUGACUCGGCAGCCGAACUUCAAGCAGAAGUUUGUAGCCUUGCUGAAGAGGUUCAAGGUGACAGAUGAGGUCCUGGACUCAGACCCAGUGGAUCAGACGCAGGAGGUGGAGGAUUUGGAUCUGUUGUAUGACAGCCUGGAGGAGCACAACCACAGUGAUAGUGGGCCUGACCUGGAGGACAACGAGAGCCUGUUAAGCACUCCCAAACCAACACUAAAGCCAUUUUUCGAGGGAAUGUCUCAGUCCAGUUCUCAGACUGAACUGGGUAGUGUACACAGUCAGAAGAGUCAGCAACAAGAACCGUCCUACACGGGCUGCAGUUUCCUCCCUGUGGAGAGGAGUAAAGCUCCAGUGGAACGACAACCAGAAGACACGGUCAUCAACACAAGCACUGCGGAGGCUGAAAUGGAGGAUUCAGGUUUAGUGAUGGGAGAUGAACUCUGUGCUGAGCGCCUGACCGGCUCCGUGGCCAAACUGUGCAAGACUGACUCACAAAACCACAUGUCUCCCAGUAAAGCAGAGAGCCGGUUGGCCAGAAGGGGGCGCAGUCUAAAAGACAGACUGAACUCUAGAACGCAGAGUGAUCGAACAAUCAGCAUCGAGAGCGAAAACUCGCCAGACUCACAGCUGUCAGCACAGGUUCCCAGGAAGUCAGUUUAUGAUCAGCUUAAUCAGAUCUUGAUCUCUGACGAGAGGCUUCCAGAAAGCAUCAUCCUCAUCAACACUGUGGACUGGCAGGGACAGUAUGUAGCAGAAGUUCUCCGAAAGCAGGCGCAGCCUAUUGUGUCCACCUGCUCGUCUGCAGACGUUCAAGCUGCUUUCAACACUAUUGUCACUCGCAUCCAGAGAUUCUGUAACUGCAACGCCCAGACACCACCCACCGUAAAGGUUGCCGUGGCGGGAGACCAGAGCUACCUCAGCACCGUCCUGCGAUUCUUUGUGGAACAGCUGGCCAACAAAACACCCGACUGGCUCAGCUACAUCCGCUUCCUCAUCAUCCCCAUCGGCUCUCACCCCCUGGCGAAGUGUGUUUCAGCGUUUGACAGCAGGUUCAGCGGUAUGUUUAUGGACACCGCGUGGCGGGAGCUGUUCUGCAGGACGGAGCCGCCGGCUGCAGAUAGUGUAGAUGUUGCAGGGCGGAUUCUUCAGUACCUCGCUGGAGCCAAUGUUUCUCACCAGUUCCCCAUCUCUGAGGCCAUGCUCACCUACAAACAGAAAAGGAAGAGGAGUUUGUAUUUUGAUUUUUAUAUCAGUCCAGACGAAGACUCCUGUCAGAAGUUUGUGCCUUUUAUCGGGGUUGUAAAGGUGGGAAUAGUUGAACACAGUCUUUCAACAUCCGUGGAUUCUGAUGAUGCUAUGGGCAGCAACAUUGGCAUUCUGACCACGCCCAUUUCACAGCCGGCCACACCCCACGGGAAAGAAAUAUGUGGGACACCGCCAUCCUCUCCCGCCGUCUCUACAGGCCUGUCUGGAGCUGGUUCUCCAGGUGCAGGUGGAGAGCUGAUGGGUCUGCAGGUGGAUUACUGGACACUACAGGGUGGAGAGAGGAAGCGUGAUGGAGAGAAAAAGGAGGCGGGGCUAAAGAACACGCUGAAGAGUAACUUCCGCUCUCUGCAGGUCAGCCGUCUGCCCAGCCGAGGGGAACUUAACCCCCCUCUCAGCAUGGCUAUGACCGUCGUCACUAAGGAGAAGAACAAGAAAGUGAUCUUCCUCAGUAAGAAGAUAAAGGAGAAGGAGCUGGAUUCAAAGAGUCAGGUGAUCGACGGUAUCAGCCGAUUAAUCUGCACCGCCAAACACCAGCACACUAUGCUCCGAGUUUCUAUAGAUGGCGUUGAGUGGAACGAUGUGAAGUUUUUCCAGCUGGCCGCUCAGUGGCCCACCCACGUCAAGCACUUUCCUGUGGGCGUCUUUGGCUACAGCAAACACACCUGAGCACACCUGAGAUCACCUGUGCAGGGGAGAGACAGGUAGAGAGGGAAUACAGACACAGAAAUCUCCUGUGGAAGCUCUCCUGUCUUAGUCUGUUUUCACCCAUAUACCUGUCUGUGUUCCUCCAAUCUGUCCAUCCGUCUGUCUCUGUUUUGUUUUUACAUUUUAUCAUCGAAAAAUAUUUUAUAUUUUAAUAUAAAAAAAAUCUGCCACCACUAAAACACAAAUGAAUUUUUGAAUUGCCUCUUUUUGAUGAUGGCAGCUGUGUAUGCACUUUGUGUGUUUGUUUUGUUUACCUAUUUCUGUGAAAUCCUGUGUGGAAUGUUGUUGCACAUACCGAAGAAAGAAUGCAGAUAAUUGAGGUAAGGGUGUGUGUAAAUGUCUGUAUGUAUGUGUGUGUGAGUGUGUGUGUGUGUGUGUGUGUGUGUCUGAGUGUGUGAUGUUUUUGAACUGCAGUAUUACUGAGGGAUAGCUGUGAAUUUUUUGACCUCCUUUACCUGAAUGCAAUGCGCUGUUUUUUUUAUUUGUGUGUACUUUGUGUUUUUGAGUGUUUUUUUUACUAUAAUGGCACAAAACCAUAUAUAUAUAU